AAUUAACCUUGAAGACCACUGCGUUGCCUAUCUGUUUGUUUGUUAGUUGGCGAUGGAGUUGACUAUCCCGGUUGAACAGAUUGGAUCCGAACACCAAAAGAUUCCGGCACUGUUGGUUGGCAUUGAAAAAACGGUGUGUACAAUACGGUAUACUGCAAAUCACUGUACAAUUAAAGUCGGUCUUUCCGAGCUUCAGUUGGCCCCAAAUGCGUUUUCGAUCAACGACAAGCUGGAUGUCCAUUCUGGUUCGUCUGAAAAUGAGGAAACGUCUCAUAAUUCAAAUCAUAACUUCUCACUCAGAGAUUCUGUUGAAGUCUGGCUAGAUUCUGGUUCAACUGCAAAGAAAAAAAGUACAGCAGAUGUAGAAACGAGCGACUCUGUAGAAACCAUGUCUAGUGGUCCACCUGGGGCGUGGUGGCCUGGUCGAGUUCUUACCAUACAAGGUGGCUUCGCACAUGUCGAGGUUGCUGCCCCAUUACAGGAGUACACUGGUGUAGAAGACAAACCAACUGCACAUGCCAUGCCUCAUUUAAUUGGACUUGGUUCUGUAGUCUUGCCAUAUCGCUCAACUCUUGUCAAGGUAACGGAAAUUCGAGUUCCAUGGAAUGGCAAGUUUUCGUGUGAUCAUACGGAGGAUCGAUCUCAAGCGGGUACUUUGACGUCGGGCUUCAUUAAGGACAACUUAGUCGAAUCGAAUAAUUUGUUAAUCCCAGGAAUCCUUCAUCGUCACAGUAUUUGCAUUCCAGCUUACUUGUAUCGAUUAGCAGCCAAUCCAGAAUCGCAUUCAACUUUAGCUAAAUUUUGUAGUGCUCCAUGUCUUAUCCAGUGUGAUUCUGAACCAUUUCUCCCAGGGACGUUUGCGAAACUGAUACUAGGAGAUAAAGAGGGAUCAAAUGGGUCUGGACGACAUACACCGGUUCAUGCAGACUAUGGAUCAAUGAGCCCUUCCUUGUGUCUAUCGACAUAUACAUGGCCUUCACCAUCUCUGAUAUCACAAGCAGCUAUGAUGAACGUUCCGUAUAUCGCCGGAACACUGAGUCCAGCAGGGAUUACAGACCCAAACAUCCUUUUGACAGGUCUACCUGGAGCCAAUGGACCUCUUGUACUGCUCCAUAUCUGGUCCGGUUCUUCUGAAGCAAUUCGACGCGCAACUUUCUUAGAAUUGGGCCACAUUCGUUUGUUGGCUGUUCGAUUCCACUUGGUACGUUUUUUUGUUAAUUGUUCCACCAAGAUAUAAAAAAUACCUUUAGUGUUAAAUUGUUUCGCAGCUUAAGACGAUGUCACGGCUGUUUUAAUUUGUCUGGAUUAUGAAAUGUUGUAUAUAAUGAUCGAGUAUGAUUGCUGCUUUUGUAGCUAAGAAACCUAUCCAAAGGGGAGACUGGUGAUCUGGAAUUGUCCAACAGCGGUGAACUAGAUGUCGAAGAUGGCGAUGCUCCUGCAAUUCAUUGUAAACCUAUAAGUAUGCCAGCAACUGUGUCCAGUGAUAAACAAGCGUCUGGUGGGAUGAUUAUUGGUUAUGAAUGUCGUUUUCGAAUUUUGCCACAUUUGAUUGGUCUCGCUAUUGGGCAUCGUGGUGCAACUAUUCAAGAAGCUCGAGGAAUACCUGGAGUUCGUGCGGUGGAUCUUCUUUUUGAUGGCAUAGUCCAUGUAGAAGCCGAGACUAUUGAAGCAUGUCACGCAGUGAGAAAUCUUUUGGAUUUCACUGAAGUUGAGAUUCCAGUCCAACCACGAUUAGCAAGUAGACUGAUCGGAUCAAAAGGCAUGAAUAUUCGCAAAUUAGCAGAAGCUGCAGGUGUUCGGCGAGCUAAGCUACUUGAUCCUUUCGCUAGAAAACGCAGACUAAUGGCUCAACGUCAAAGUCAUUGUCCAGUACGUGUUGACUUGGAACGUGGAGGUUCUGUAACAGAUGGCGAUGCUCAUGAAGAUACAUCAAACGGUGAAGAAACUGACAACGGGAACGAAAAGCUUUCUGUCAAUCUGGAUGGUUAUUUGAAUGAUGACAAGAACUCCGGUGGUAUCGUCGACUUAUCCCCUGCUUUCUCUCUUGUUGGUACACGUUCAUCUGUUGCGAAAAUGCGUCUACUACUUGAAUUCCAAGCAGAUAAUUGGAAUGAACUAGAUGAAUUAGAAGAAGCCCGAAGAUCGUUGUUCAGUCAGUUGCGUCAAACCAAUCAACUCAAUCACCAAUCGGAUUCUGUAUCACCUACUCGCAUUUCGAAUGGCAGGCCUAGUAGAGGUGGUGGGAAUUUCGGGAGGAAUCGAACUGUGGGUCGCGGUCGUCGACAACCUGAGAGCUUUGUUCCUGAGCAAUCUUUGGAUGAUAAAGAAGUAUCUCAUCCGCCUAAUGCUCAUGGGCAACACCUGCGUGGCAAAAAUACCCACCAGUCAGAUGUACCCAAUAGUAAUAUGAAAAAUCGUCAAUCGUCAGUCAAUGAUUCGUAUUCUUGUUAUUCUAACGGUGUAAUGUCAACUGGUGAUCAUGGAAAUCCACAAGCUGACAAUAAAGCCAUUAAGAAUGAUAAUUUGGGCGCAAAUAAUGUAAAUGACGACCAACCAUCAAAACAGAACAACGGUACCUCUAGACGUAGUCAAAACCACAAUAAGGCAAGAGCAAGUUAAUGUUUGCGGAUUUAUGAUAUUUCACCAAGAUCGUAUGGUGUCCUUUUACAUACGUUGCCUUUUCCAAAAGCUAACUAUUUUGAGUUAAAAUGUGCUUUCUUACAGUUAUUAGGUUUAUCUUUCCACAAAAUGUUCAUAAUCGUAUGCAGUGUAGAUGGUCUUCCUCCUAGUAUUCUGCAUAAAUGUUCUUUCAUUUUCGGACUGUAUCUCAACAAUGACAGGACAUCAUGUGUUUGUUUAGAUUUUCGCUUAGCCUUUUGAAGUGCAUUUACACACGCGCCACCACUGUGUAAUUAAACAUGACUUUGUUUCUCUCACCAGUCUGUACCUUUUUACAUUGCAACCUCAGAUUGACUGGCGAUUAUCUUUUAGCUUUUCUCUACCACCAUCCAUCGAUAAAUUUUGAUCUUUGAAAAUAAGAUUGUUGGUUUUGCGU